UUGAAUGAAUAGCCAUCCCUGGUUGUUGUCACUCCACGUUUUGCCUUCGCACUUUUCAAUUGUUUUUAAUUAUUUAAACUACAAAAUAUGGGUCGCAAGUUCCAGAAUAAGAAAAAGAAGGCCGCGCCGCAGCUGGAGAUAGUGCCGCUGGAUGAAAAUCCACCACUGCCGCCACAGAGAUCCUCAGAUGAUGUGGUGCCCAAAAAGGAAAAAUGGGUGAACAAACAGCGCGUGCUUGUCUUCUCCGCGCGCGGUAUUAGCCACCGGGACCGACACUUAAUGAAGGAUAUUAAAACCCUAAUGCCGCACCACCGACCCGAAUCCAAAAUGGAGCGCUCCAAAACCUUGUCGGUUGUCAACGAAAUGUGCGAAAUGAAGCACUGCAAUAAGGCGAUGCUGUUCGAGGGACGCCGGAAAAGGGAUCUGUACAUGUGGAUAUCCAACACCUCGGGAUCCACUGGUCCAUCCGCUAAAUUCCUCAUCGAAAACAUUCACACAAUGGCCGAACUGAAGAUGACGGGCAACUGCUUGCGAGGAUCGCGUCCGCUGCUCUCCUUUGACUCCAAAUUCGACGAGCUGCCGCACCUUAAGCUGCUCAAGGAGCUGUUCGUGCAGACCUACUCCGUGCCCAACCAUCAUCCCAAGAGCCAGCCCUUCGUGGAUCACGUUUUCACCUUCACCUACCUGGACAAACGCAUCUGGUUCAGAAAUUUCCAGAUUCUAUCCGAGGAUGGAGGUUUGUCCGAAGUCGGGCCGCGUUACGUGAUGAAUCCUGUGAAAAUAUUCGAUGGUUCCUUCACUGGCAAAACCAUCUGGGAGAAUCCGGACUACGUGAGUCCAUCCAAACAGCGUCAGGUACUCAAGAAGGCCGCCAAGGAUAAGUACGUAAACCGAGUGGAGCAAAAGGUCAAGCACGAGGCCACGCGACCGAUGAGAGCUUACGAUGGCAUGGAUAACGAUGAGCUAUUCGAGGACGAUGAUCCCGUGGAGACGGCCAAGAUACUGGCUGCGAUAGCCAAAAAGAAGAAGGAGGAAGCCGCCAAACAGACACCCAAAUCGGCGCUGACCAAGAAGAUCAAGGAGAAACAACUGCAGGCCGUGAAAGAUGUGAUUGAAAGAAAGAAGGCAAGAACCAUUAAACGCGUGAAAAAGGUUUAAACACCUCAUUUUACAUAUAUUAAGAUACAAAAACGAUUAAACUUUAUAAAUACGUUUAUAAACUGUGCAUCCUAAGUUUGAAUAUAUCAAUAGACAAGAUUACCA